GUUUACACUUUCCCGGUCCUGUCAGGCACCUGGCUCUCGUUCCCGUACCAAGAUGGCGGCAGAAGCAGCUGGUGGGAAAUACAGGAGCACAGUCAGCAAAAGCAAAGACCCCUCGGGGCUCCUCAUCUCGGUGAUCAGGACUCUGUCUACCAGUGAUGAUGUUGAAGACCGAGAAAAUGAGAAAGGUCGCCUUGAAGAAGCCUAUGAGAAGUGUGACCGUGACCUGGAUGAAUUGAUUGUUCAGCACUACACAGAAUUGACAACAGCCAUUCGCACAUACCAGAGUAUCACAGAACGCAUCACUAACUCGAGGAAUAAAAUCAAGCAGGUGAAGGAGAAUCUGCUUUCCUGCAAGAUGCUGCUGCACUGCAAGCGGGAUGAACUUCGUAAACUGUGGAUUGAAGGAAUUGAGCACAAGCAUGUCCUGAACCUACUGGAUGAAAUUGAGAACAUCAAGCAAGUGCCUCAAAAGCUGGAACAGUGCAUGGCCAGCAAGCACUACCUCAGCGCCACUGACAUGCUGGUGUCAGCAGUGGAGUCUCUGGAGGGUCCGCUGCUCCAGGUGGAAGGACUCAGUGAUCUCAGGCUGGAACUUCACAGCAAGAAGAUGAACCUGCACUUGGUUCUCAUAGAGGAACUGCACCGCCAUCUGUAUAUCAAAUCCACUAGCCGGGUUGUACAGCGUAACAAGGAAAAGGGGAAGAUAAGUUCUCAUGGCAAAGAAGCCUCUCCUGGUCCUCUGAUUGAUGUUUCAAACAUCCCUACUCCACGCAAAUUCCUUGAUGCAACUCAGUAUUCUGCUGCUGGAGGCUCAAGUGUGAGGGAGAUGAACCUGCAAGACAUCAAGGAGGACUUGGAGUGUGAUCCAGAGGAGAAUAGCACUCUUUUCAUGGGAAUUCUUAUUCAGGGGCUGGCCAGACUGAAGAAGAUCCCUGAGACAGUUAAAGCCAUCAAAGAGCGUUUGGAGCAGGAGCUAAAGCAGAUUGUGAAGAGGUCAACCACCCAGGUGGCAGACAGUGCCUAUCAGAGGGGAGAGAGCCUCACUGUGGACAACCAGCCAAGGCUUCUUCUAGAACUGCUGGAACUGUUGUUUGAUAAGUUUAAUGCUGUAGCCACUGCUCACUCUGUGGUCCUGGGAUACCUUCAGGACUCUGUUGGGACCCAGCUAACACAGCAGGAAGAGAUCAAGUUAUAUGACAUGGCAGAUGUGUGGGUGAAGAUCCAGGAUGUGCUGCAGAUGCUGUUGACUGAAUACUUGGAUAUGAAGAACACACGCACUGCCUCAGAGCCAUCAGCUCAACUAAGCUAUGCCAGUACUGGACGAGAGUUCGCAGCCUUUUUUGCCAAGAAGAAACCACAAAGGCCAAAGAAUUCCCUUUUCAAGUUUGAAUCAUCUUCCCAUGCUAUCAGUAUGAGUGCCUAUCUCCGAGAACAGAGAAGGGAGCUCUACAGUCGGAGUGGAGAACUUCAAGGAGGUCCUGAUGACAACUUAAUUGAAGGUGGAGGAACAAAAUUUGUCUGCAAACCUGGAGCCAGAAAUAUUACAGUCAUAUUCCAUCCAUUACUGAGAUUUAUUCAGGAGAUUGAGCAUGCCCUGGGACUUGGCCCUGCCAAACAGUGUCCUCUUCGAGAGUUCCUCACCUUAUAUAUCAAGAACAUCUUCCUUAAUCAGGUCUUGGAGGAGAUCAACAAGGAGAUUGAAGGUGUCACCAAAACCUCAGACCCCUUGAAGAUCCUAGCUAAUGCAGACACCAUGAAGGUCCUGGGCGUGCAGAGGCCUCUUCUACAGAGCACAAUCAUCGUGGAGAAGACAGUACAAGACCUCAUGAACCUUAUGCAUGACUUGAGUGCAUAUUCAGAUCAGUUCCUCAACAUGGUGUGUGUGAAGCUCCAGGAGUACAAGGACACAUGCUCCACAGCCUACAGGGGCAUUGUCCAGUCAGAAGAGAAACUUGUCAUCAGUGCAUCUUGGGCAAAAGAUGAUGAUAUCAGCAGACUCUUGAAAUCGCUGCCAAACUGGACUAACAUGGCUCAGCCCAAACAGCUAAGGCCUAAGAGGGAGGACGAGGAAGACUUCAUAAGGGCAGCCUUUGGCAAGGAGUCUGAAGUCCUGAUUGGAAACCUUGGUGACAAACUCAUUCCUCCACAAGAUAUUCUCCGUGACGUCAGUGACCUCAAAGCCUUGGCCAACAUGCACGAAAGCCUGGAAUGGCUGGCAGGCCGAACAAAGUCAGCUUUCUCCAACCUUUCUACAUCCCAGAUGCUUUCCCCUGCUCAAGAGAGCCAUGUGAACAUGGACCUUCCCCCACUGUCUGAACAGAUCAUGCAGACACUGAGUGAGCUUGCCAAGUCCUUCCAGGAUAUGGCUGACCGCUGCUUGCUCGUCUUGCAUCUGGAAGUGAGAGUUCAUUGUUUCCACUAUCUCAUCCCUCUGGCAAAGGAGGGGAACUAUGCCAUCGUUGCCAAUGUGGAGAGUAUGGAUUAUGACCCUCUAGUGGUCAAGCUCAACAAAGACAUCAGUGCCAUGGAAGAGGCUAUGAGCGCCAGCCUCCAGCAACAUAAGUUCCAGUACAUCUUUGAAGGCCUGGGACACCUUAUCUCCUGUAUCCUCAUUAAUGGGGCCCAGUACUUCCGCCGUAUCAGUGAGUCUGGCAUCAAGAAAAUGUGUAGGAACAUUUUCGUUCUUCAGCAGAAUUUGACCAACAUCACCAUGUCACGGGAGGCAGACUUGGACUUUGCAAGGCAAUACUACGAGAUGCUGUACAACACCGCCGAUGAGCUCCUGAACCUGGUGGUGGACCAGGGUGUGAAGUACACAGAGCUAGAGUACAUCCACGCCCUGACCCUGCUGCACCGAAGCCAGACUGGCGUGGGGGACCAGACCACCCAGAACACCAGGCUGCAGAGGCUCAAGGAGAUCAUCUGUGAGCAGGCUGCCAUCAAGCAAGCCACCAAGGACAAGAAAAUAACCACUGUGUGAUGGGGUACACAGCACUGGGAGUGGGUGGGGUUCACGGUGUGCACAGCCACAGGCUCUGGCAACUCAGCAGAGCCUGAGCCAACUGUGCUCUGUCUACACUGAUGCUUAGUGGGUAGAUGCUGGAUUAUUUUCUCUAGUUUUGCUUUUCCAUAUGAACGCUAAGAAAAGUUUGCAGUACAGAAUAUUCUGCCUAACAACCACUUUAGUCUAUUCCCAAGGGAUGAGGGUGGGACAGGGAGGAGGCCAUGUCAAGUUACUGAACUCUGAGAAAGGAAUAAAGGAAAGCUUCCCCCCCCCCCCGCCUUCGAGACAGGGUUUCUCUGGAUAACCCUGGCUGCCCUGGAACUCCGACUGCCACCUAAGUUCUUGGACUCUCCUGAAAUACUUACUAAGGCCUGUGGCAUAGGCAAUGGGCUUUUUCUCGUCUUAGCCGUGUCCAUUUAUAGUUUAGCGUAGUAAGUAUAUUCCCAUUGCUUCGUCUCCAUUGCCAAAAUCAAGCAAGUGCUUCUCAGCUGGCUUCCCAGACCAAGACAGAUCUCUUUAAGGCUGGGAGACGGCAGUCCUUUAUCCUAACCCUAGGACAGACUGCACGCUAGAGCAGGAUUGUUCGCUGGCUGCUGGCUGGUUUUACCACCUUCUUUUUUUAUUCCUUCUGUAUUAAAACCAGUUAAGAGCUCUGGCUGUCCUUCCAGAGGAUUAGGGUUCAAUUCUCAGCACCUGCACACAGAGGCUCACAACCCUCUGUAACUUCAGUUCCAUCCUACCUGAACCCCUCUUAGUAUUGCAUGCACGUGGUGCACAGACAUACAUGCAGGCAAAAAUACUCAUACACACAAAGUAAAAAUCAUCAUCAUAAAACUAUUGCUAAAAAUAGUAGGGAGAAAGGUGGCUCACUGUUGGAGAACUUGCAUCCCACACACCAUCCAGGGUAAACUGUAAGGGGCAACCGGGUACCCUCAUGUUCCCAUGCACCCUGGAGUAGUGAUUUGGCUUGUUGCUGGGACAAAACACUCCUCGACACAGGUACCUCAAGAAAGGAAGGUUUAUUUGGCUAAGCUCACAAGGUAUAGCCCGUCAGAGCAGGGCGGGUGACACCAGGAGCCUGAGGCAGCGGUCACACUCAUCAGGAAGCUCAGUGCAGUGGAUGCUGUGUCCAGACAGCUUCCUCCUUUCUGUGCAGUCCAAGGUCUCAGCCCACUGAGUGGCUCCCCACAGAGUAGGCCUUCCAACCUCAGUUAAUAUAACUCAAAUAAUUCCACAUAAGCAAGGCCUACCCUACUUGGUUGCUGUUGCUGUGAUAAAACACUGACCAAAACCAACACACACACACACACACACACACACACACACACACACAUACACAUACCAGGUACACAGACACACAAAAAUAAAAAUAAUUUUUAAAAAAUUUUGACAAUGAAAGAGGAAAUCAAUUAGUACUAUAAUAAACAUUGAAACUACUGAAAAAUUCAGAGAGGACUAAAGCAAUACAAAUAUUUUCUGUAAAGCAGUGCAGCUCAGGUCUGCUCAGCUGACAGCAGGGAAGAUGGGAUGCUCUCCCACGCAGCUGCCACUCCAGCCUCCUUUUCUGCUUAUUGUGUUUGGUUUAUUGAGACAGGAUUCCUCACUCUGUCCUAAACUCACUCUGCAGACCAGGCUGGCCUGGCCUUGGACUCAGAGAUCCCCUUGGGAUUAAAGGUCUGCACCACCACACCCAGCUGCUAAGCCAUUUUUUGAAUUGCCCGUUCCUGAUAUGGGUGCCUGCAGGGAUCCAGGCCCUGUGGGUUUUGUACUGCCCCAGGUCCCCAAGUCCUCUUGCUACUCAAGGUUCAUAGGUCACAGGAAGCAACAGUUUAUCAGGGAGGAUUCAUCUUGAACACACAAGGGAAGAAGAGCCAGAGGACUGGCCAUCCAAGGUCACUGUCAGACCCGCAGGGAGGGAAUUUUCACACUUGAUCCUAACAAUUUUGGUCUGGAUGGGAAUAACCAAAAAUUAAAAACUGUUUUGAGAAGCUUAAAUAUAG